AUGAACAACAACAACAACAACAACACCAGCAUUGAUUCUUCUGCUGAGAUUCUUCGACUUCUGGCCUUUAUUAUUAAUUCUCGCAGAAAUGCAAACUUAACCAACGUUGAACUGCUCUUGAAUCAAAUAAGUAAACAGGAUUUGAUUUUGCAACAACAAAUUGAACGGUCCAGACAGCAACUUCUUGAUUGUGCAGCAAACAUCAUGAUUGAAAGUUUGCAGUUAGUUAGUUGCGAUUAUUUCUUUAUGAUCUACACUUGCAGAUCACACUCAUUCACCCUGGAACGCGGCCCUCAAGAAGUAAAUCAUGUCAGAUAUGGUGUUUUUAGACAAUGGUGGUAUGUACGCCAUCCAACUUUGACUGACGAUCUUGGGAGCAACAGCUUCCAGUUGCAAUACCAAAUGAGCCGUGCAAACUUCGAGUUACUUCUUAACAUCGUUAGCCAGCAUCAGGUGUACGAGGCGGUUUUAAAUAACAAUAGCUAUCCUAUUGAAAUUCAAGUUGCAACAGUUCUUUGGCGCUUUGCAAACACGCAUUUUGGUUACCAUCUCACUGAACAGUUUCUUGGUGUCAGUGCUGGAUCCUACACACGGUUUACCAUGCGGUUCAUUACUGCCAUGUCAGACUAUUCUGAUAAGUUCGUAAACUGGGGAGUCCAUGACAGUGAAACAGCAGCAAGAAGGGCAGCUGAAUUCGAGCAACCUGAAAGACGUGGUGUUCGUCUACCUGGUGUCAUCGGGGCAAUUGAUGGAAAGCUUAUUUCCAUUCAAAAGCCCUCUUUACACGGAAACUCCUGA